GUCCAUUUAGUAGCGGCUGCUGCGCGUCUUGACCAUCUCUAGUCUUGGUUUUUCUGUAGGAUGACUAAAUCCUUUCAUCACGGAUAACCACUCAUCCCACGAUAUCUGUUAAGAGGCCCUUGGAAUAAUCAUACCGCAACAUUUACAUGUCUCACUCUGUCUCUGAUGAAAAGAAGAAACGGUCCCGAAAUGGCUGCCACAACUGUAAACGGUUGAAAAUCAAAUGCGACGAGCUCAAACCCACGUGCUCGUACUGCCAGAAGCGCAACAGCGAAUGCGACUACUCGGUAAAGUUGACAUGGGGUGGAAGGCCGUUCAAGAAGCCGAGACAAACGAAACAUGAUUUCUUUCAGGUCGAGCCAGCCAAUACCCCAUCUGCCGCACCCUGGAAUGCAUUUGACACUCGAACACCCAUCGGACCAAGGACACCGAAGGUGGAUGGCCUAACCAUGUCCCAAUUUCCCACACCGGUCACCCCAAUGGCCGUGACUUCUGUAACCCCGGCUCAUAUCCCCCCAGUUGCCUCAUCGCCAAUCGAAACCAUUGAAGAAUCCUCCUUCCAAUCGGGGAUCUCUAGCUUGAAUCAUUUGUGGACUAAACUAGAAUCCAUCACAAACGCGAGCGAUGCGCUAAAUUUACGCGAUUUCGGGGUCCUUGAUGAUUUACUUACGUCCAUGAAUGAUACAGUGCCCGCUCCGAUCGUACUGGAAGCAAAACCGGUAGAAAGCCUGCCGCCCCUAGAACAUACCGAGGAUAAUGCGUACGCGGUGGAUCUCGAAAAGGUGUGCGACUAUAAUAACACGUUUUCUGACGGCCUCAGCUUUAACUUACCGUCGUCCAUGGCGCUACGUAACCAGAACAACUUCUAUCUGGCGUCCCUUACGCUGCUUGACGACUCGGAUGAGCCGUUCACGUCGCUCUUUGAUAUCAACGACCCUAUCUCCUUUUUCCGGUCCAUCCCGCCUACCAUUAACCCGCUUCCGGAGAUUCUCCUCCAGGUGCCAUAUUACCGCGAGAUCUUUCACUUCUACACCGAAGUCACCGCUAGCAUGUUGGUGCCGGCCCCAGCCCACAUGUAUAAGGAGAACCCAUUUCGGGUUAUCCUUCCACGGAUGGCGAUGCAGUGUCUGCCAAUUCUUUGCGCAAUGCUUGCGUUUGCGGCGAAACACCGGUCGAUUAUCAUAGGCCAGGCGGUGCCAGUGGAGAUCAUCGACCAGUUGAUCUCGCGCAGUUUAAACGGAUUGAUGGCUGCGUUGCGAAACGAAUCCGAGAGCAAGAGCGACACCACACUAGCCACUGCCUUGUUGCUUCUCUGCUACGAGGUGUUCUCUCAGAACGAAACCGGCUGGAGGACCCAUUUUGUGGGGGCGCGGCGAAUCAUCCGUUCCCGGAAUGGCCACAAGUCGAUCACUAGCGAACCGGUCAACAGGGAAGAUACCCUUGGGGCUGAGACCCCAGGUGACGUAAUGCUCAGCCUUGACGGGACUAGGAUGGUAGGGCAGGUGCAACGAAGCUACACAAGAAGCUUAGACGUGCACCGGAAAGUGCACCGAAACCCCCUCAAGCGUGAGAGCAACAUCGGGUUCUUUCUCAUCCGCUGGUUUGCGUAUAUCGACGUAAUUGGAGGCUUAGCCUCAGCCAAGCCGUGGAGAAAUCCGCCGUCCAGAUACGUGCCGAAUAAUGAUGAUCCCGAGGUUGAUGAGGACGACUUUAUGACCGACGUCUGCUUGAGGGACGAGACAGAGAAUGAUAUGACGGAUUUCGAGGAUAUAGACCACUUCAUGGGGUUUGAUAUCAAGUUUGUUCCCAUCUUGGCCGAUAUAGUGGCCCUCAUAUCCAAACGAGAGAACGUGGAGGCAGACGAGAUUCUUGGUACGUUGCCUAUAAAGUUGGUUACGGAAGCCUUGGAGGCCAAGAGCCGGUUGAUGGAUUGUUUCGAGAUUGGCGAAAAGAAGCGAGAAAAGCGACACCAGAAAAUUCUAGAGCUCCGCCGCAAAAAGCAAGAGGAGCGCCAGCAGUCCACCACGCCCCCAGACGUGAAUUCCCCCACCACAGCCACAUCGGAGGCAACAAAGAUCAGCGAAAACGUGUUACGCUCAACCAACCGCGUGUUUGCUUACAUGGGGCUCAUCAACUUGUACCGUCGUGUGCUCUGUGUGCCUACGGAAUCACCAAUAAUUCAGCAGCAUGCGAAAGAUAUUGCUGACGCCUUCAAGAGCAACAUUCCAGCCUGUUCUAACGCCGAAGUCUGCUGUUCGUUUGCUCUUUUUACAGCGGGCUGUGAGGUGAUGGACCCAGAGUACCGCAUCUUUUUCCAGGAGCGCUUUACCGCCAUGUCCAAGGUCGGCAACAUUGCCGCGAACACCGCACUAGAGGUGAUGAUGCAGUGCUGGGAGUCCGGGAAAUCGUGGAUGAGCAUCCUCAAGGAGCAGGAUAUCGUAUUGGUGUUCUUCUAAAGGGUGUAGAGGCCAAGAGAUUGCAUGUUUUUUUUUUCAGAGACGAAAGGAGUACCUUUAGACUGCCCAGAACUUGUGUAUGUAUUGUUACAAGCUUGAAUGACUGUUUGGUGUAUUUUUUUUGCAUUUCGGC